CCUACCUACCUACCUACCUACCUACCUACACAGUCCAGUACACAGCAGCUCAUACUCGAGACUCGUCAGAGUCGACACUGGUCCUGCGACUUGCAAUCAGACCAUCACUCCAUAGUCGAGUUGCAAGACCAUCACGCACAUGGUGGUGAAGCUACGACGCACUCGCUGCCAACGACACUGCAUCACGCGAGGCGAACACCCGCCUGGACCCAGAUCUACUUACAUAAGGGUGUCUUGAAAGGGACGUGCGUGUGCUGGACCUGCUCGCGAGGGUAGCGAGAAGAUGUUGUCCACCAGUCGCUUGCUGCAGUCGGUGGGGAGGGAUCGAUCCAAGACGAUCGGAUUCAUUGGUUUGGGUGCAAUGGGUCGUGAAAUGGCGUUCAACCUCCUCUCCAAGACGUUCGAAUCGCUACCUCAAGACACCAACGCAUCUUUCGUGGUGCACGAUACGGUGGAUCAGAGCGUCACUAGGUUUUUGACCAGCAACUCUAGCAUCUUUCCUGGAAGGCAUAUUGUGCCUGCUAGUUCGCCUGCCGGAGUGGCCAGUCUGGCAGGUACAAUCGUCACCAUGGUGCCCAGUUCUCCGGAGGUCAAAGAGGUGUAUCAGGCUGAAGGAGGGAUCAUCGAAGGCUUGCAAUCUUUGGGCAAGCCUCAAGAGAAGGAGAACAAGACUUUGUGCAUCGAUUGUACCACUCUGGACCCAGCAGCUUCCAACGACGUGGCGAGCCAGAUUAAACGGCUAGGUGGCAGCCAGGGCUCCAGCGAUGCACCAGUGUGGGACUACAUCGAUGCGCCCGUCUCUGGAGGCGUGGUCGGAGCUAGAGCAGCAACCCUCUCAUUCAUGGUCGGAUCAGACUCGAGAGCUUCAUUUGAUGAUGCAGAACCUACCCUGCUCAAAAUGGGAAGCAGGACUGUGCAUUGCGGCAAGAACACCAACGGCUUGAUCGCAAAAAUCGCAAACAAUUUGUUGCUCGGCAUCUCUAUGCUAGGAGUUUCGGAAGCUAUGCUCCUGGGAACUUCUCAUGGUCUGAAUCCACAAGUCUUGGCCCACAUUCUGAACACUAGUACCGGAAGAUGCUGGGCGUCCGAAAUCAAUAAUCCCGAACCUGGAGCUCUCAGCGGAACGAAGAACAGUCCACCAGCAGAUCGCAACUACGAAGGCGGUUUCGCAACUCGACUACAAGCCAAAGACUUGCGCUUGGCAAUGUCGGCUGCUCAGCAACGAGGCGUGCCGGUGCCGCUCGGUCAGCUCACUGCUAGCAUCUACUCCGCUCUGGGAGACAACGAAACGUUCAAGGACAGGGAUUUCAGCGUGGCUAUCGAAGCGCUCAAAUUGGCGUUGGGCAGGGAUGAAUUCAAGUAAGGGGAAGGCGCAGGGCGCAAGAAGUGCAUGCAUGACUUUGGAGCAAACAAAUAAUGUACAAGGAAGUGCUAGCACCUUUUUGCUGUGACUCUUAUCGCCGCGCUUCAGUCACACGUCUGCGCGGGUCCGAGAUGAUGUACGACCCUCGAGUACGGGCUCGAGAUUUGUAGCACUGUGCGCGUUCUGAACGCCCGGGAAUGUUGCUUCGCUACGUGGUGCGCUGUUGGCAUCUCUCUGAAUGUUCAAAGAGGAAGAAGAAGCUGAAGUCUUAUCCGGUGCUCUUUGAGAUGAGCCCCUGUGAGCUAAAGCCU